ACAAAUCAGUAUAGUUGAUACACCGCUGUUGUCCACAUUUUAGGGCUCACUGUGACUUCACGUAAUUGCAUUUAAUUGAUUGUGAACGUUCAAGACGUGUGACCGUGGGCACUGUGACUUAUAGUAGACAAGCCCUUAUAUUUUUUUGCAUAUAGGAGUCUUUAAGGAAAGAGAGGGAGCUAGCUUUCAAGAUGAAGCUCUCCCUAGUAUUUGAGCUGUUGCUGAUAUUCGUACUACUAGCUUUUGCUGCGUCGAAGAGCGUAAAGAAGCAAAAGAAUAAAAAUAAUAGUAUCCAGAACAGAGAUGAUAGCGAGAAACCAGAAGAUAAUACAAUUAAUAAAUACUGCAAAUGUACAGAAACAUUUUGCAACUGCUGCAGGGACUUUCAACUGCCUGUUGUCAAUCUAAAUGGUCCAGGAUGUGCUUCAUUAAUGUAUUUGAGUGGCGACAAAAUGUCGGUAUCUCUUAGUUUUGGAAGAAAAGUCAUUACAAACCGCACGCUUUCAAGCCGCAAACCAAGUCCAGUAUGCAUGCCAUUGCCUGGCAGAGUAUCAAAGUUCUGUGGACGAGUAUACAAUAUAGCAAGAUCUGGUGAAGAAUUCAGAGCUUGUCUUGGAUUAGAACUCCAAACGAAGAAUGUUAUUGAAGCUGCUGUAAGAGUAUCUUGUUUCAAGUUUGGUCCUAGAGGAGUCACUUCAGAGCCCGCUGAUCCACUACCUUUAGUUCCGGAAGGCGAAAGAGAUGAAGACGAUGAUGACGAUGACGACGAUGAUGACUUUGGUCUUGGAGGCGAUGACGAUGAUGAGGAAGAGGAUGACGACGACGAUGAUGAUGAUGCCACCAAUGAUGUAGAUUCUGCUGACUACACAGGAUUUAGUCUCAUCCCUGAUGAUAUAUUAGGUGGUUUGUUUGGUUCAUCAAGUGGAAAAAAGUCUAAUAAAAAUAAAAAGAAACAGGCACCACUAUCUACCACCACAACAACAACUACUACAACUACUAGACGCCCUCGUCCGUCACGGCGUCCCUCAAGGAAACCUGCUACUAGAACAACAACACCUAGAACAGCCACUAGAACGACUACUGUAAAAGUACGACCAGUAAGUCGACGACCGACUCGAAGACCUUCACGAAGACCAACUAGAAGGCCCACUACGGCGGCAAAUUUAACGGAAACAACAACAUCGUUGCCAUCCAUACCAACGUCGCCUCAAGCUAUAAUUCCUGUUGUUUCUUUAUCCUCAAGUAGCAUGUCUCCAGAACGAGAUGAAAUGAUGAGUACAGCCCAUGAACAAACGUUUGAACCAGUAAUGAUUGUCACUCAGAAACCUCAAUCUACUAUGGCAACAACCACUUUCAAAAGCGUCACCAAUUUUGAUGAUCCAGGGCUAGAAAUGUCUUUAGCACACAUUACCGGUCAAUUAUCUGUCAUGCCUGUAACUUCAAUAGUCCCAAAUGCUGCUAAAGAUUCGGGAAAAACUGCGAGUAAAGAAGAAAUAGGUUACGAGAAAGUUGAAACUUAUACACCCAAGAUUCCAUCUACUGUACCUUUUAUGACUUCUGUAAAAGAAGUGAACGAUGAUAUGGUACAAGUAGUGGAUAAUCUAGAUUCAAAGUCUGAAGAACGAUUUGAUAUUAAUAGGGAAUCAACUCCGGAAGAAAGUAGGUCCCAUUAUUUUAGUAUGUCAAAUACAGAAUUUGAUCACAGCGAAAAGAAAAAACAGAAAAAGAAAAAUAGAAACAACGAGCAAUUUCAGUUGGAAGAUUUAGAUGUAUUGCAUUUGGAUGAAAUUGGUGAAAGCUUAGGGCACCAACUAGGUAUAUUCAGAGGAAAUAAAAAACAAAACAAAGAUAAAAAAGAAAAUAAAGUGAGGGAUGGGAAAAAAGGCGGUGAUGACUAUGGUGAUAUUUUUGGAUUAGAUGCUUUAGAUUCUUUAUUGCCAACUGAUAAUAAUAACAGAAAUAAAAAGAAUAGAAGGAGACAAAAUAAAAUGAUGCGAGGUGAAUGGUCUCAGGCAUGAUGUUAAAGUCAAUUUAGUGCUAAUUAAUUAAGUUUUAUUUAUUUUUGCGUAAGUGUUUAUGUAUUGUGUGUGUAAAUAGUAAAAUUGUGUAAGUGUUUAUUUAUUUUAAUUGAAUGUAGUGAGUAAAUAAUAGUUCAAU